GUUAUUCCAGAAGGAAUGGUUAACAUUUAUGUAGGAAAGACUGUCAAAAUUGCUUCCAUAUUAAAAAAGAUGUGCUGCAGACUUCAAAAAGAUGGGAUGAGAGAAGUGUCCUGCACUGCAAAUGGCCUCCUGUUUGACAUUUAUUGCUUGCUAGUCUGGAGUCAGCUUUGGUGGAUGAGGAAGGUUGGUGACUCUAAGAUGUUUGAGAGAGUCAAACGAUCUGAUGAAGCUUCUGCUUCUUCAGCACAAGGUAUCCAAAGACAUGGUGUUGAGGGCUCUCCACAGCAGGACAGCAGUAGCAGAAGAGGACAAGAACAUCCUCGGCCUGGAGUAUCUGGUGUGCAAAACAGACAAGGAUACUGCAACUGUUGCCAUGUACACUACAGUAAUCUGGAACAGCAUAUUUUCAGCUCCCAGCACAGGCAUUUUACAACAUACUGCAGGAAUCGUAUGGGUACGAGUAGCUUGAUGGAACGUUUCCUGCAAGAUGUUCUGCAGCAUCAUCCCCACAGAUACCAUGACAGCAGACCAACCUAUGAUGACAUGCCACUCCCCAUCACUCUGGAGGCUCCUAGAAUUUCUUGCCCGUCCUCGGAAGAGAUGCAGAAAAAGAGGAACAGUGAGAAACAGGAGAUUUCCAGCAAAGACCAAGAGUCCAUUAGUAAAAUAAGCUCUUCUGUUCCAUGCCUGUCUCGUGAGGGCACAAAAAACCCCUUUGUUCAAAAACUUCCAAGAGGCCAGGAACGUGUUUCAGGAAUAUCCCAGCAGUCCACUGGCAUUUGUAGCGAUAAGAAAUGGAUAACUCUGAAAAAUGCUCGAAUUGCAAAUCAUAGCCAUGAAGGUCAGUUUACAGCUGUGAGCCCUAUACCUCAGCAGUUUUCUCUCAGUCCUACAAGCCACAGUUCCACUGUUUAUCCUAAAACAGGAAAAAGCGUUAGGGAUUUGGCAUCAUCAGAUCUGUUUCUGCGUAGUGGAUGUGAUGAAAGAGCAAUGGAGGUCUGCAGUAGUGAUGUAUUAUUGAACCCACGUUUGAAUCCUACUCCAGCGCUGCUUCACCCAAAACGCCCUUCAGUUUCUCAUCAGAAUCCUACGUGCAGCCACAGCACUUCUUCCUUUAUUACCUCAGGUCAAUCUCUCUCAAAGCGAGAUAGUUUACGAACUCAGGAUGAAACUUUGGUGUCUGAUCUCCAGCUCAGGGAUACUGUGGGUGUCAGCAGCUCCCUAGAUCUUGGGACAUCCCCACAACUAGCAAGAUGCAAAAACAUGAAGACAGACAGAGGUGAUGAAAGUUCAGUGGAUGAAACUAUUGAAGAUGUAAUUUUGAAAUACUGCCAUGAAACUACAUCUGAAGAAAUUUAUUUCAAAGAGGAGAAUAAUCCCAGUGUACCUUUCUCAUCGCUUCUGGACCAUACUAAUUUAGAGGGCUCUGAAAUGAGUUUUGACUGUGAUGCACCAAUACAGGUAGGAACAGAUUUACCCAAGGCAGCUAUAAAAGAUAUAGAAUUCCUGAAAGAGGUCCAGGUAUGUUUGCAAGAUAAAGACUAUGGAACACAGCUCUCUUCUGUUUUAAAAACUGAGUCAUUAGAGAAAAUAGAAGCAGUAAAAAAAGAUGUCAUAGUUCACACAGAAGAACCAGUUCUUCCAGCCCUGCCUCACGUGCCUCCUUCUUUUGUGGGAAAAACUUGGUCUCAGAUAAUGUACGAAGACGAUAUAAAAAUUGAAGAACUCGUGCGUGAUUUCAGGGAAGGUCGUUUUCGCUGCUACUUUAACAGUGAAUCCUCAGCCAAAUGUACAGGGAAGAGAAUGAAGAAAAAAAAGCAGAAGGAUGAAAAAAGGAUCAAUAUUAUUGAGGGUAAUAGAACAGAAGAUGCACCAGUUAAAGCAUUGCCAGAAUUUAAUGAUGCUUUAAGUGGUGGCUCGGAUUUUGAUAACCCAUCUUUAGCCUCAGAUACACUAUGCAACCCAAAAAUUGUAAAAACGCCUAGGAAAAGGACAUGGCGCCUGGCUUCAAGGUGUCAGGUGGUUAAAGUCAGCCAUGGCACCCAAACAAGUCUGCUGAACUACCCUGUAGCAAAAAGGAAAAUGUCUAGAAGAGAAUCUGAUCCAGCUGAUCAGAAAGCAAGCGUUUCAUGGCUGGAGAAUGAAAAAACUCCAAACAUGAAAACUAGACUAUGUGCCCUUAAACUUCCAGAGUCCUAUAGCAAGAUCAUGAGUCCUGUGCAGCCCAAGACAGUGGUGUACGUACUCUCGUGUCCAGAGGUAAAACAGUGCAAAGGUAAACCUAUAGAUAUUCCCAAAAUGAGGAAAAAUCAUCACUCCACAGAUAGCAAGGACUCUGUAAGGUAUAAAUACAAACAGUGUUCUCUCAAGUAUUAUGACCCACUGACAAAUCGAAUUCUGAAAACGCCUCCAAAGUGUACAGUUGGAGAAAAGGCCAAAAAGCCCUCUCAUGUUCGACAGCUUUUCAAAAGUCUUAGCUGUGAUGCAAACAUGAAGAAACUAGCUGAUGUACAGAGAGAAAGCACGCCAUCAAAGUCACUCAAUUGGUCAGACUUCUGUAGCUCUUCUUCAGCAUCUUUCCUGCCAGAUCGAGAUAAAAGGAAUGAUGCAGCCUCAAGUCAAAAGGCAGAUGGACCUUCUGUUUCCACAGAAAGAACAGAUUGUCUUGUAUCUGAGAACUCUUUUAAACACCUAAUCAUUUCACCUUUGAACUCUGUGAUAGAAGCAGAUUAUAGAUUAAUUCCAUUUAAUAGAAUUACCAAAACUCCUCUGACCUCCAUCAGGAGUGAGUGGUUAGAGAGGGAGACUCCAAAAGCAAUAUGGAAGAGAAAAGAAGGCACUAAUAAAGAACCAGUGUUUCCCAGAAAGACUGCAGGAUCUAAGUCUGUCAAGUGUACUAUUGGGAGGAGAGGAAACAGAGUAACCACAGGCAAACAAACGUCCAGAACUAAAAAACAGCAGAAAGAGGGAAUGAGAAGACAGCUUCAGCCUUGUGCCCAGAAAUCUGCUUUCUCCAUCCAUAGGUGCCAGACAAGGAAAACUACAGUGGGAAAGCACCCUAAGAAAGAAAAGCCUGAUGCUAAAAAAUUAAAGGUGAGGAGGAAACCAAAAAGGGCCUUUCUGAACUCAACAGUUGUAACAGGGAUUCCUGAAAAAAGGCAGAAAGUCACAUCAGAAUCUUUCCCCAAGAAACCAGAGCAACCUUCCUCUAAAGUCAGGAGCUGGGAAGUAAGUGGAGAUCGGGGUCAUCCUGGCACUGUGAAACGGCCCUCCAGAAGAACUUCUGCUGUACCAUUACUUCGAAACUGUCUUGUUCUACCAGGCCUGCACUGGAAUGAAACAGCAGGCGGUAUAGAGGAAGUACUAGCAGAUGAAGAGAAUACAUUUCAACAGACUAAGAGCAGUAACAGUAAAAAUAACAGCUACAGCAAUGCAAUCCAGAAAGAAAUCACACUGCCUUCAAGACUAAUCUAUUACAUCAACAAAGACUCUGAGACCCCUUACCAUAUCCUGGAUACCAGGGCAAGGCACCAGCAGAAGCAUGACAAGGCUGUACAUCUGGCCCAGGCAAGUUUCCAGAUUGAGGCCUUUGGCUCUAAAUUCAUCCUUGACCUCACAUUAAAUAAUGACUUGUUAUCUUCCAAUUAUGUGGAGAUUCACUAUGAAGAUGGAAAACCAAAAUUUUCUAAGGGGGGAGAGCAUUGUUACUACCACGGAAACAUCAGAGGUGUGAAGGAUUCCAAAGUUGCUCUUUCAACUUGUAAUGGACUUCAUGGCAUGUUUGAAGAUAGUACUUAUUUGUACUUGAUAGAACCGAUGGAUCUGACCCACACUGCAGAAAGUAAAAGUAGGCCACAUAUCAUCCAAAAAACUUAUGGAACACAAGCCUUCAAGCAGCUGCGGGACCUUGAGACUGAGUCUAGUUCUGAAUGGCCUUUUCUGUCUGAACUGCAGUGGCUGAGGAGAAGGAGAAGAAAGAGAGCAUUAUCUCGUGGUGUCUUUGAAGAAAUGAAGUAUCUGGAGCUUAUGAUAGUCAAUGACCAUAAAAUGUUCAAAAGGCAUCGUUCUUCAACUGCAUACACAAACAAUUUUGCAAAGUCUGUGGUAAACCUUGUAGAUGCUAUAUACAAGGAGCAGCUGAACACCAGGGUGGUUCUCGUUGCUGUGGAGACUUGGACGGACAGAGAUCGCAUUAAUAUUCACCCUGACCCCCUGCAGAUGCUCCACGAUUUCUCCAAGUACCGGCAGCACUACAUCAAGCAGCACGCUGAUGCUGUGCAUCUGCUCUCGAAUGUGACAUUUCAUUACAAAAGGAGCAGCUUAAGUUACUUUGGAGGUGUUUGCUCUGUGGCCAGAGGAGUGGGAGUGAAUGAGUAUGGCCUCCCUUUGCCCAUGGCACAGGAACUAGCACAAAGUCUUGCUCAGAAUCUUGGAAUACAAUGGGAGCCAGCUGCCAGGAAACCGAAGUGUGACUGCACUGAAUCCUGGGGUGGUUGCAUCAUGGAGGAAACAGGGGUAUACCAUUCCAGGAAAUUCUCCAAAUGCAGCAUUGCAGAAUACAAAGAAUUUUUACUUCGUGGGGGAGGUGCCUGUCUUUUUAACAGGCCAACAAAGCUCUUUGAAGCCACCGAGUGUGGAAAUGGGUAUGUAGAAGCAGGAGAAGAAUGUGAUUGUGGUUUCAGAAUGGAAUGCUAUGCAGACUGUUGUAAGAAGUGCUCUCUUUCUAAUGGAGCUCACUGUAGUGAUGGACCCUGCUGUAAUACAUCAUGUCUUUUUUUCCCACGAGGUUAUGACUGUCGAUAUGCAGUGAAUGAGUGUGACAUUGCAGAGUUCUGCACUGGGGAUUCUGGACAGUGUCCACCAAAUCUUCAUAAACAAGAUGGGUAUGCCUGUGAUUCUAAUCAGGGUCGUUGCUAUAAUGGUGAAUGCAAGACAAGAGAUAAUCAGUGCAAAUAUAUCUGGGGAUCUAAGUCUUCGGGAUCUGACAAAUUUUGUUAUGAAAAGCUUAAUACAGAAGGCACAACAAAAGGAAACUGUGGAAAGGAUGGAGACAAAUGGAUUCAGUGCAGCAAACAUGAUGUUUUCUGUGGCUUUUUGCUCUGUACUAAUCUUACUAAAGUUCCACGAGUUGGUCAAGUUCAAGGAGAAAUUAUCCCAAAUUCUUUUUAUCACCAAGGACGCAUAGUGGACUGCAGUGGUGCUCAUGUUCUUCUAGAUGAUGAUACAGAUUUAGGUUAUGUGGAGGAUGGAGCUCCAUGUGGACCUCAGAUGAUGUGUCUGGACAAAAAGUGCCUGCCAAUUCAGUCCUUGAACAUAAGCAGCUGUCCCAUUGGUUCCAAUGGAAAAGUCUGUUCUGGUCAUGGGGUUUGUAGUAAUGAAGCCACUUGCAUUUGUAAUUUCUCCUGGGCUGGGACAGACUGCAGCAUUGACGAUCCUGUCAGGGAUACUGGUGGCAAGAAGGAUGAAGGACCCAAGGGUCCUAGUGCCACCAAUCUUAUAAUAGGCUCCAUCGCUGGUGCCAUCCUGGUAGCAGCUAUUGUCCUUGGGGGGACAGGAUGGGGCUUUAAAAAUGUCAAAAAACGAAGGUUCGAUCCAACUCAACAAGGCCCUAUCUGAAGAAAUGCCAUUCAAAAAGCUGCUUCUUACACUGCUGGAUUUUGGGUUCCGUUUCCAAAGCGAGCAUAACCCACAACAGAAACACCGCUGGUAUCAAAAAUUACAAUAAGUAAAGUCAACUGGAUAUACAUGAACUACCUGUGUAAUAAACCUUGGAGAAGCAUUUCACAAACAACAUUGUUAGUGUGUGAUGUGAUGUUUUAAGUCAGACCACACUGGUCCCCAACUACUAUGUAUAUAUGUUCAGUGCUGGAGUAACUUUUUUAUUUACACCAGCAGUUUCAUAGCAGUUAGAAUUUCUCGACUGAAUUUAUGCUCCAGUCCUCAGCCACUGUGUGUAUGGGAAGAGCACACUUUCUUGUCCUGUGUGUACACAGCACAAGUGAUGACACAGCCCAGAGCAGGUAGGGGCUGAAGUGCUUCAGCUGUUGGAAGACAGUUAAAAAACUGGAUUUGCUAGGUAUUGAUUUUGUACAUCCGCCUCGCUGUGCUUUGGGAAGUGCAUAUCCAUUUAGCAGUAACUUGCUCAUCGCAAAUCAUCACCAAAAGAAGACAAGGUUGACUCUGCCUCCAUUUCAUCCCCUCGGCAUUUGCUCCAUUAUUUACUUAUUCAGCUGGACAAGAAACUGUGGUAACUGCAUAGCUCAUUCCAGUCUGCUGCAUGAUCUCCCUGAUUUGAUCUGAUACUCCUAAAAGAGAAGUCUGCCAGGCAAAUUAACAGUUGUGUAGGUGCAUGUUCAAGAAACAGAUUACUUAAGGCUGGAGUCUAACCAAUUCUUCUUUACUAUGCAAAGAUGGGUAUGUCUGAGGAAAUGUCAUAGAAUACUUGAAGUUAUGUUUUAAGCUUAACCAGUCAUGUUUUAUAUUCAUUACUGCUUCCACUGUUAAUCUUCCUUUUAAAAAUGAUUUGUAAUUAUUUUUUUAAGUGCACAAUUGGAUGUUGUUAUAAAUCAAGUUUUUGUUUGAAGUUAAUACUCAUUCAUAUCCUGUUGGCUGCUACUGAAUGGAAAUUCAAUAGUCCUUGUUCUGCAUCUUAGCAAGAUGAGUAUUAAAAAUGUCAUGAACAUGGAAUGGAGUAGUUUUUAAUUUUCAUUUUUUUUUUCUUAUUUAUUCUCUCAGUUUAAUUUCUGUGUUCAAGGAAUCAUCACCUUUGUAGUAGUGGAAAUUGAAUGGAGUUUUCUUUUAUGAAAUAUCUCAAACUGUGUCAAAUCUCACAGUGAGGCUCUGUCUGUGGGAAGAUGUUGCACGCAGCCUUUCUGCUGUGCAUGGAACCAGUGCCUCGGCACCCAGGAUGGGCCCAGCCUGCUUCAGUCCCAGCUGCUGGCUACACUGAGUUCAGUGAGACCUGGAGGCUUUUGUUCGUUGAGGGAAGCCAUUUCCAGCUCAAAAAUCAGAAUUAUGGAAUUACAAGAAGUCAAAAAUAAGGCCCUUGAAGUAUUCUUUAAAUAAUUACAUUAUAACAACCAGAUACAAUGACCAUCACUUUAAUGGAAUACUGAAUGAAACUCCAUUUCCCUUUUUUGCCCGACUAACUCUAGUGAAGCCAGCCUGGGAAAAUUAAAUGCAUGCAUGUCACAAUUACUAGAUAACUACUGAUAUUGUUUUGCUUUCUCCAGCUCCAGACAGGGAAACAAAAUACACUUGUGUUGGUAUCUCCCAAAGUUCUGUAUGAAAGCAUGUUUCUCAUUUAGAACACUAGAGUGAGGAAGCACUCACAUUAAUGGAUCCACUAUUAUCCACUUCCAUUUCCUGUCAUUUAAAUAUAGGAUUUAUCUAUAAACUUAAUAUAAACAUGCAACAGUUCAGCUACAAAUAGAAUAGACAGUCAUUCCUUAAAAUAGGAGUUAAGGCUUUUGCAGCAUAUGAAUAGAAACGCAAUAUAGAAAUAGGUAAAUACUUGCUUUUGGUUUUACAAGGAAAAAAGUCUUAGAACUGCUUUUGAAAACUUUGUCAAUUCCAGCACACAACACUGAAGAGUGAUCGUGCUGAGGCACUCACUACCAUGAAUGAAACCAACACACCACCAAGCCGUGUUGUACAAACCCAAACCCACCUCUUUUGUUCUAAAUGCACUUCCUACAGAUUCACACCCACAAGAGCUG